UUGAUAUAAUUUGUAGUCUUAAUAUCAUUUUAUCAUCUUCCUCAACACGGGAAGAAAAAGGGAAAUGUUUAGGGUUUCAAACGAGGCUGGUGAUUCCGAUAUCACCAAGUUUGGAGAUUCGACAGAGUUCGUUUCUCCGCCACAGAAGAAGCAGAAGACAGAUACGGAGGCGAAGGUGGAUGCAGAGGUAAAACCAGAAAAGCGAAUUCUCCGCAGAGGAAACUGGGACGAUCCGGAAUAUGCGAAACAGCGAAUGAUCUUUGAGGAGCAAUUUAAAAACAGCGAGGGUUACGAUGUUGAUUGGAGUAAAGUUGACUACAACUUCCCUGCCGUCAAUUUCGAUUGGGGAAGUGAUUUUGAUGAUCAGAUGAGCAAUGAGGAGUUAAUGAAACAGCUCAUAAAGACUGCCAUUGACGAAGAAAACGAAGAAACCGGAACAAAACUUGAGUUCGUCAAGUAUGUGAGUGCAAAUGUACUUGGCGUCCAAGGUUUUUUGUUUUACAUAACAUUUUGGGCAAAAGAUCUUUCCUCACCAAAUCCAGAGCCACAAUGUUACCAAGCAAAAGUGAGGAAGUUUAUGGGUGAGAUCGACGUUAGUGAGUUCAGGCUAAGGCCAACACAAGAAUGAUCAAUUGUGAGGUGAUGGUCACUUCCAACUCUGUGCGCUUGCAGUGAGAAGACUCUUCUUUAUUUGGAACAUUUUACUUCUGUAGAACUUAAUGUAUCGAAGCUAAACCAUGGAAUACACAAUUACUAACUAAUAUAUACAUGCUAAUCACACCAUAUGAUUCUAUAUUUCUUAUGCUUUUUUCUAUAUAAACUCUUCCUUUCUAAAUUUCUAAGCCAUCGAAAUAAUUAGUUUAG